UUAAAUGCUAUUUAGUCCCCAAAAAGAAAUAAGAAUAACAAUUUCUUAUAAAUGCUGUUGAUGAUCAUGGUCUCAUCAAAGAUUCAAAUCCCGGACAACACGGCCUUUCACCUCCCUCCUAAAAUCCCCAAUUUCAAAACCCUAACUCUCUCUCUCUCAUAUGGAGUAAGAAGGUUGUUCGCUGAUUUGAUUCUUGCACGAGCAUCGUAAAGAAAACUGCCGCUCCAAGGUGAAUGAACUUAAGAGGCCCAUAAGAGCCCAAGAGAAGAAACUAGCACAAUGGCCACAAUGCACCUCAAUCUCAAUAACCCACCAUUGAUAAUCGAAGAGGAUAUGAGGGCUGUUAAAAUUGAAGAAGGUACCCGAAACAGUCCCAUUAUAGUAGCUCCUUUCCGUAAUGGUGAUCAAGGGAGUAAGAUUGAACCCAUAUGCUUAGAUGUAGAAGAUGAGGUGGAGAUCGUUGGGGAUUCUAAGAAUCCAAUUUCAGUUGAUGAUUACUUUUUAUUGGAUUUGGAUUGCAUUGAAGUAGAGACGAUUGAUCGAAAAGGCAAAAAGCCUAAAAGAGAAAGCAAACGCAGGUCUAUUGAGAUCGGUGAAUCUUCUACUCCUCCUCCAGCUGACCCUGAUGCUUAUUGUAGCAUUUGUAUGGAGCCAAAGUUCAAAUAUGAGUGUUUCUCCUUAAAGAAUUGCUCACAUCUCUAUUGUUCUGCUUGUGUUAGCCAAUAUAUUGAGGCCAAGGUUGAAGAGAAUGUGACUUCUAUUAUGUGCCCUGAUCCAAGUUGCAGUGAUGGGUAUUUAGAACCAGAAAUGUGCAGGUCUAUUCUCAAGCCGGAGGUUUUUAAUCGAUGGGGAAAUGCUCUAUGUGAGGCUAUGAUUGGAGCGAUGAAGUUUUAUUGCCCCUUUAAAGACUGUUCUGCUUUGUUGAUUGAUGAAAGGGGAGGGGAAGUUAUAAAGCAGUCAGAGUGUCCUCAUUGUUUCAGAUUGUUCUGUGCUCAAUGCAAGGUUCCAUGGCACACAGGAGUGAACUGUGAGGAUUUUGCAAAGUUGGGUAUGGCAAAGAAGUCAAAUUGGCAGAGGUGCCCCAAGUGCAAGUUCUAUGUGGAGAAGGUUGAUGGCUGUAUGUUCAUAAAGUGCAGGUCCACAUUUUGAACUUUAGGCAUGCACAAGAGAAGGAGAAUAGAUGACAUUUGAUCAGUUGAUGUGAAAAUAUACAGGACUUUGUGACAUAAACAUAUACUGGAUGUAUAUUCUCUUUUCUCAGUGGUGUGAAAAUAUAUUAGCAUGUCCUCCCUGUGUAAUGAAGUACAAAUGCAUAAUAGCUAAAAGGCUGGUGAAAAACUUAUUUUUCUCAUCACUGAUUUUUGUUCUUUCACAGAACUUUGGUCUUUGUCGUAAUUCUUGAAAACUCAUUAGCAUUUAACCUAGGAUUACUUGCAGAUAGACCCCCUGCACUAUUGCCCACUUGCAGAUAUAUCCCCAUAGUUCUGUUGGUGUGGAUAGACCCGGUGUACUAUUGACCACGUGCGGAUAGAGCCCUGGGUGAAUUUCUUUUAACUCUAAAAGGAGCAAAAAAAAAAAAAAGUUCACUUGGGUGCUAUCCAGUAGAACUACAAGGGUCUAUCGGAAUUGGGCUAUAGCACAAUGGGUCUUGCUGCAAUUAACCCUUUAAACUAAUUACUUAUUUUGUUUUGAUU